GGUGACGCGGCGGCGGCGGCGGCCGGUCGGUCCCGGCAGCCCCAGCGCUGCCCGCAGUGACGGGCGGACAAAGGGGCGCCGCGCCAGCCCCACCGAGCGGCCCCGGGCGGAAUUGCCAAAAUGCUUUGGAAUUCUUAAACGAUUCAAAAACUGAAGUCUCUGAGGAUUCAAAAUCAUAAGAACACAAGAAGCAGCAAGGAGGAUUCAGUGCCAAUGCAGCAACAAAAAAGACAGCCAGAGUUAGUGGAAGGAAAUCUUCCUGUUUUUGUUUUUCCUACAGAACUUAUAUUUUAUGCAGAUGACCAGUCGACACACAAGCAGGUGUUGACUCUAUAUAACCCCUAUGAGUUUGCCUUAAAAUUCAAAGUUCUUUGUACAACCCCAAAUAAAUAUGCGGUGGUUGAUGCUACUGGUGCAGUGAAGCCUCAGUGCUGUGUUGAUAUUGUGAUUCGUCACAGAGAUGUUCGGGCUGCUUACUAUGGUGUGAUAGAUAAAUUCCGUCUACAAGUGUCUGAGCAGAGCCAGAGGAAAGCAUUAGGGAAAAAGGAGAUUAUUGCUACUCUGCUUCCAUCUGCAAAGGAACAACAACAACAAAAGGAAGAGGAGGAAAAACGAAUAAAAGAACACCUGGCUGAAAGUGUCUUUUUUGAGCAGACUUUGUGUCAACCAGAAAACAGAACUGCCUCGUCGGGACCUAGUUUACUAACAGUCUUCCUGGGAGUAGUGUGUGUCGCAGCACUAAUGCUACCUACAUCGGGGGAAAUGGAAUCCCUGGUGCCUCUCUACCUCCACUUAAGUGUGAAUCAAAAGUUAGUAGCUGCUUAUGUUUUAGAUUUGAAGAACAGUCACACUAAACUCAAUUCUCCUGUCCCACUACCUGGCAGAAAUGAGGAUUUACAGGAAACGAGCUAGGCAGCUUCAGACUGAUAGCUAGAGGUCUCAUCACCAUGGUUAUUUUGAGAACAUGAGCAGUGAGUUCAUAGGAUGUCAAACACCUUACUGUAUAUUCACAUCAUGAAUGUGGACUGCCUUUUACUCCCAUUUGGCUCAUUAAGAUGCUAGCAAAACUGUUCAGUGAUUUAAGAUACCUUCAGAAGUGUAAUAUAUUUUAACUGUGUAUAAUAAACGAAAGACUCAAAGCACUUUGCGGUGCUUCUGUAACAGACAGCUAUGAAAUGUUCAGUGAUACCUGUGAAAAUAAUUUGAAAAACUUUUAUAUCUACGCCUACUGUAAAAAAUCCUUAUUAAAGCAACAUUUGUUAUUUUUAGUCUAUGUUCACAUCAGUGCGUGAUCACUAUAAAAGCAAACUGUCUUCUGUAAAACGUUCAUUUGGUUUGUGGUUGUACCUGCCAAGGCUGGCACAUAACACUUCUGUAUACAGACCAGAGGGGUCAGAGUCGUGACUGGUCAUUGAAGAAAAUUAAAAGUUCCAUCAGUGAAACUAUGAAAUAAACCAUGAAUUUUAGGUGAAGAAGUAAUUCUCAAAUUUCUUACUUCAUCAUUACCAAUAUAUCACUGAGUGCUCAUUUUCUUACUUGGGGAAAUAAUUUCUGCAAGAGCCAUUUUGUAUCACAACUGUAGACAAUAAAAACAAGUUCUGUAA